ACGAGGCGGAACCUUCCGUCGACAGGCGGCGUUUCCGGGGCGGACGGUGUUUGUGAGCGGACGCGGUGGCGCGGCAGUUUAAUUCUCCGUCGGCGGUGGCGGCUGCGGUGGCGAUGGAUCGCGGCGACACGGUGCUGCCGGGGCUCAUCAGGAAGCUCGGGCACCCGCUGGCGGAGAUCCGGGAGCGCGCCCUGCGCAGCGUGGUGUCCAAGGUGCAGCUGCGCCUGCUCAGCCCCGCCGACCUGGUGCAGGAGCGCCUGCUGCUCGCCCGCCUGCUCGACUGGUUCAACUUCCCCGCGGCGCCGCUGCAGCACGAGGUGCUGGGCCUGCUGGGCACACUGGUGAAGCAUGCUCCUGCAGCCCAGCACUUGGUGGAUCUUGGAGCCGUCGAGUUCUUGUCCAAGCUUCGCCCUAACGUGGAGCCGGACCUACAAGCCGAGGUUGAUGGCAUCCUCGAUGGACUUUUCCUUCUUCCUGCAGAAGAUACGCAAGAGUCAGUGCCGUAUUCCGCUUCCUACCCAGCCAACCAAGUGGAAUUGCCCCAGCAACCCGCAAUCACAACAGGAUAUUUUCCUCAAGAUAAAAGUAGCUUCCGGCAGGUAGAAGUGGCUCCACGACCCACGGUAAAUCAGACUGUGAAGUGUUUAAAGUUUUCCACGUUUCCUUGGCUCCCUCUGAGCACAGCUGACAGGCACGUGCUCUCCUCUCAUGAAAGCUCCCUGAGAAGCAGCAACCACGCUCUGAUCUGGAGCACGUGCGAGCUGCUGAAAGACGUGAUCAUGCAAGACUUCCCCGCAGAGAUCUUCCUGCAGAGACCAAACAUCGUUCAGAGCCUUUUAUCUCUGCUGAAACUGGCCUUUGCUGGAGACGGGAAGCAUCGCCUGGCCUUACAGUCCGUGUCCUGCCUGCAGCAGCUCUGUGUUUACUUGAGAAACAGACUCAACUUUCACCGAGAUCCUGGGUUUUUCUGUAGUAAACAAGAUACGGUGUCCCAGAAUUCUUCUCUAUCCUACUGCCAUGAAGUGAGAGUCACUCAGCACUCCCAGAACCCUUCCCCGGGAAGCAGCAGCCCAAGGCCUUCCGUGGUCGGACGCACCGGCCAGCGGCCUCGAGGAGACGGGCAGGACUGGGACGCGGUGUCCUCCAGCGGAAGCAGCAGCCGCACCCAUGUGCAUUCCAGGCUGUCUGUGCCUUCUCCUCUGGACAUGGCCCCUGUUGAGCUGCCUGAGCUGGAGGCAGAGGACGCCCUGGAGCUCCAGUUCAAGCAGCUCAGUCUCCCCCAGCUCUGUGUCUCCAUCCUCGAGUCAGCGGUCCCCCUCCUGAGGACGGGCAGUAGGCAGAUGCUGAUAAGGGUCCUGGAGCUGCUUGCAGAGGACUUGAUCCUAAUCGGCGAAGCCCUUUCAGCAGACGUCUGGGAUGACAACAGCCUUUUUGCUGUCGAUAUGAAGGAGAAGCUGCUCAUGGUGCUGGGGUCCGUGGGCGACACGAUCUGUUACCACAAAAACAACGCCGACUUGGUGCACCCGGAGGCCGUGCUGGCGCACCACAGGAUGGCCUUUGUCAGCGUUUCACUCUUCUCUGUCCGCCUGCUGCAGACGCUUCUCCCCGUCGAAAAGGCAAGUGAGUUUUUACCAGAGCCCAUGUCUGCAGCCUUAUUUCUCGUUUCUAUGGACAUGCCUCUUUCUUUGGAAUAUGCAAAUAUCCACGAAGCUGUUGUGGCCUAUUUGGAGCAGCUGAGUGCUGAACACCACAGCCUCUAUAAACACACUGCAGAGACCGUCUACUCAAUCGAGUGCACCUGUAACUUCCUGGCAGAUGUUGGCAAGGAGGGAGAGAAGAACCUCUUAGAACUCGUGGAGCUGGCAGACCAGGCCUUGAGGAGCUUUGCCUACCACCAGCAUUUCCCCCUAGUGAAGGAAAUCAUCUGCAUUUGUUCAAAGAUCUCUAGGUCUGCACAGGCCAGCCCACUCCUGCAGGGGGGCAGCCAGAGGGUGUUUCUGCGGAUGCUGUCUCACCCACUGCCAGGAGUAAAAGUAGAAACCUACCGCUGCUGUCUGGAUAUCAUUAAGGACUGUCUAGGUGUCCACAAUGCCUUGAAGCCUGUGUCUUCACUCUGUACCGGAAUUCACUUUCUGCUUCAUUCGAAAGUUCUUUAUGAAAUCUCUGUGUUUGGCAUUCAGGAGCCCAACAUUGAGGUGAACGCCACCGCCAAGGCCAUCCUGCUGUACCUACUGCAGGGACGACUGAUGAUGGCGGCGCCAACCUGGAGCAGGUUCCUGGAGUCACUCUGUCCCGUCAUCCCAGUGCUACAGGGCUAUGCUGACACCGAGGACCCUCUGGGCAACUCCAUCCUCCUCCUCAGCAAGGCGAGCUCGGAGGCUGAGGAAGGGAUGCUUCCCUGCACCAUCCGCUUCAAGUCCCUGCUGAGGCUCCUGCUGGUGAAAAAGCCGGCGGUCCGGGCACAGGCUUUGAAGCUGUUAGCAUGUCAUCUCACACAGGAGGAAGGGGCUGACAGGAAGCGUCCUAUCCUUGAUGCCAGACUCCUCUCCAGACUCACUAACUUAUUUAUCGUGAAAAAGCCGCUGGAUCUCAAGUUGGAUGACAGAAGAGAGCAGAUCAUUAAGUUGGAGACGGUUGAGAAAGUAUAUGGAAUCUUCACCUCCAGCGAUGUUGAUCUAGCCUUGCGCAAGUCCGCCGCAGAGCAGUUGGCUGUGAUUCUGCAAGAUAUUAAGAUGCAUGCCAUGGUAAAAAAGAUGUGCUUAGUUGACAAGAUAAUUGAAUAUUUAGACGAAUGUGUGAGUCAGGAUGGGGAGGUGGUGGAGGGCCUGGUACUGCCCAGCCUCGCGCUCAUGAGGAAGAUCCUCUGUGCAGACCCAGUCCUGCGUUUAUCCCUCUCGCAGCAGCCUCAGCUCCUGACCAUGCUACUCAGAGUCUCCUUGAUAUUUCAUGAGGACUGUACUGUCGUGACUGAAGUGGGAGCUCUCUUUUGUCUCUUACUGUUUGAUGAAGUAUCCCGAAUGGACUCGUGGUCUGCUGAUCCUUCCAACGAACCUUGCUCACCCUCAGUGUUCAGUUUGCCGGCUUCAGUUUGUAGAAGGUAUCAUCUGCCAGUACAUGUACUCGGUCACCAUGCCGUGAGUCCUUACUCCAUCGUUUUGCCCUUAUCUGCUGAAUAUUUGGCCUUGAAGUCAGUGACAGACAUGCUGAGGAUAGCCUGGAACCUGUCGUGGUAUCAUGGGAGUGAUAACCUGCUGAGGCAGAUGAACUCUGGUGCUCAGAGCCAAGAGUUUGCGGACUCCCUGCUGCUGUCAGCGGAGGACAGUCUUGCUCUGAAGACCACUCACACAGCCAGCGGCCUGCAGGCCUGUCUCCACUGCAUCAUGCAGGCUGCCGGCCACAGGGAAGUGAGGGCGGCAGUCACCAGGAUGACUUUCUACCUGCUGAAUGACCGGCUGUCCCUGAAGGGUGGCAGCGGUACCUGUGGGGCAAUCCUGACGUCCAUGGCCUGGCAUAUGGCACUGAACAGGUUUUUACAAGUGCUCCCUGCUUGCACCGAAGAUGAGAAACUGUUGAUAGAUAUUGUACAUUUUUUAAAAAAGUUACUGAAGGACCAGAGGAAAAAUGCACCAGUAGAACUUCUCACCUGGCUUCUAGAAUUACUACUUAGACAGAGUCCAAACCCACUCUUAGACCUGCUGGUCCCAGCAGAAUCUCAGGCUCGUGAGGACAUGGACGACGUCCAGACGGCUGUUAGGCAGCAGCUCCAGAAAGAGCUGAUCGCUCUAUUCAACACCUUGCUGCUCAGUUUCGAGGCAGUUACCGACAGGAAGUGCUUGGAACUCCUUUAUGUUUUCCACACGCAGCUGGCUCUCAAGUUGCUGCAGUGCCUGCGAGUCACAGACGCACCCCAUUUCUACGGACUUCCUUCCCUGGAGAGGAGCCUGCGAGGCCUGGCGCACCUCACCGCCUUCCCCGGAUGGAGCGCCCACUCGCCUCUCACAAAGCCCCUGGACAUCUGCGUCAAGUACUUGGCGGGUCUCCUUGAGGUCAUCACUUCUUUCUACGUGGAGCGUGGAGGGAAUGCCAUGUCCUUCAUGGGAAAAGGCGUCACAAAGAGCACGAUCCUUUGUUUGCUGCACUUGUGCCACGAGAUGAUGGAGCAGACCGAGAACUCGGACUGGAUGUCACUGUGGUUCUUGCCUUUGGGCAGUCAGAGUGAAGACCGGGCUCUUCCUCAGCAAGGACUCACUUGGCUGAUCCCCUUAUGGGUUGAUCGAGACCCAGAGGUGAGGUUCACUGCGCUGGGCUUGGGGUCGGCACUGACCACCCUGGAGACUGGUUGUGUGGCUUUGGCCAGCAGUUGUCAGAACAUCUCUGGGGGGCUCUGGGGGACGGUAGUGAACAUUCUUCUGGACCAGUCGGAAUGCAGUAUGGUGCGUCGGGAGGCUGCAUUUAUCCUUCAAAAUCUUCUUGUAAUUCCAAUGCCGUCAGAAACUACUAAGGAAUAUACUUGGCAGGGCCCCUGCGUCCACGAUGAGGACUCGGGCCUGUCUCUUGUAGGGAAGCCCGCCCUCCAGGCCCUGCUCCAUCACUGCCGUUUCUAUGAACACCUGAGCCAGAUGGUAAAGCACAGCUACCUGGGGCGGAGCACGUUCCAUCUGAACUUGCCCGCCCUUGACGGAGCCUUCGAACACACUGAGGUCAACGGUUUAGAUGACUCCUUCAAGUUUUGGAGGGUUCCGUCCAGGAUAUCCACUCAAGAUCGAGAUCCAAGCUCUCACUCCACCUUGGAAACGAUGGUGACACCUUCAUCCGGGAGUGCCGACUUUCAACAGACCCUGGCGCCCUCACCCGUGCUUCCGUCCGAAGCUUCUCACGACCAGUUUGUGGCUUCAGGUCAGCCUGACACCACGUCCCCCUGGCUUCCCCGUGACUCCUCCCUGUCUGCCCCUUUGCCCAGGCAGCGUGUCCUCAUCACUCCACCUCUGCUCUCGGCCAUGUGCAGCCUCUUAGACAGCCUCCUGGCGGUGAUGCCACACAGUACGGCACAUGCUCUCCGUCAGGUCCGCCUCGUGGAAUUGCUGAGCAGCAUAGCCGACCCCAGGCUCCUAGAGGCCCUGGUCCAGGAGCUCAAGGUGCGGUCCUCGCCCCCUGCCCUAGAGCACACGCAUGCUCAGGUGUCCUUCCUGCUGGAAUACCUGGCCUCACUCUCCAGGCUCCUGCAGUCUUGCUUACUGGUAGAUCCCGACCUGGUGGUCCAGGACGAGCUUCUGAGACCUCUGAUCAGCAACUUCAUCGGCGUUCUCACAAUAUGCACCCAAGACGUGUUGGAUGCGGAGUUAGCUUCUGCGUUUCAUCACACCUGGACACAUCAGUUUCACCUCCUGGCCGCGCUCCUGAGGAAGGCCAGCACUGCCUCGCUCCCCUCCAUCACCAUGGGGCUGGCCAGACGCUGGACACCUGUCAUCGACCUGUUCUGCCAGUGUGCGGACCUCUCUGCCACCCGCCCUGCCCUGUACACCGCCAGCCUGCAGUUCCUGUCCAUCCUCCUGACCGAGGAAGCGAAAGGGCGUCUGCAGGACAAGGAGAAGCCGCAUCUGGGCCGCGGGGUGACGAUCGCUUCCCUUUUGGAUGAAGCCCGGGAGCACCAGAAGGCUGCAGAGCGGCUGAAUGAAGCAAUUCUCCAGAGCUAUGAAGGGAAGUCCUCCAAAGACGUCCUGAAGAGGGUUGCUGCCAGUGCCUUGCUGUCACUCCUGGCCACUAGCAGACGUGCACAGAAGCACGCUCUCAGAGCUGACCUAGUUGAGAACUGCGUGGCCCAGAUGAAGGACAUCAAUGCUCAGCUGAAUCUCGAAGCUCUGCGGCCUGGGAAGGCAGCACUGAAGAGGAAGCAGGAGGAUGGUUUUAUUAAGGAGUUAAGCCUUGCCAUGCAACUCCUAAGAAACUGCCUCUAUCAAAAUGAAGAAUGUAAGGAAGCAGCCCUUGAAGCGCACCUGGUCCCUGUGCUGCACUCCCUCUGGCCGUGGCUUUUGCUAGAGGACUCCUUGAUGCAGACUGCCCUUCAGCUCCUUUGUGUCUACACCGCAAAUUUCCCCAACGGCUGCAGUUCUCUGUGCUCCUCGAGCUUCGGACAGUAUCCUGCUCCAGCCGCCUGCAGGGGCGCCCCCGGCAGCUCUCUGAUGCACUGCAUCCUGAAGCUGGCUGCGCAGAUGGCCCUGGAGAACACCGCAGUCCAGCAGAUGGUCUUCAUGUUCCUCUCCAACCUGGCCUUGUCUCAUGACUGCAAAGGAGUCAUUCAGAAAAGCAACUUCCUGCAGCACUUCCUGUCCCUGACCUUGCCGAAGGGAGGGAACAAGCAGCUCAGCAACCUGACGGUCUUGUGGCUGAAGCUGCUCCUGAACAUGUCCUUCGGGGAAGACGGGCAGCAGAUGAUCCUGCGGCUGGACGGCUGCCUGGACCUGCUCACGGAGAUGAGCAGGUACAAGCACAGGAGCAGCCCCUACAUCCCGCUGCUUAUCUUCCACAACAUCUGCUUCAGCCCCGCCAACAAGCCCAAGAUCCUGGCUAACGAAAAAGUCAUCCACGUGCUGGCCGCCUGCCUGCAGAGUGAGAAUCGGGACGCUCAGAGGAUUGGAGCCGCGGCGCUGUGGGCUCUGGUUCACAACUACCAGAAGGCCAAAACAACUCUAAGAAACCCAUCAAUAAAAAGAAGAGUGGAUGAGGCUUAUUCCUUAGCAAAGAAAACUUUCUCAAGCUCGGAGAACACCCCCCUCAAUGCCUAUUACCUGAAGUGUCUGGAGAACCUGGCGCAGCUCCUCAACUCGUCCUGAGCACCGCGAGCCGCUGUGUCUGUGUCGGAAGCUGAUGGAUGUGAGCGUGAGCCCAGCUGGCGGCGGGGCUGGGAGCCCAGGUUCCCAGCUGCUCCCACUUGCAGGGUGCCCUUUCCCACCUUCCCCCCCCCCCAAACUGGAAACUGGAAACAGACCACCAGGGGGGAGCAGCCAGCAGGAAGACUCGGGAAGUUCUGGGAACAUAAACACCUCCCUUUUUCUAUGCAGUGUGUUUUUUUGUUUGUUUUUUUACAAAUCCUAUUUAACAAUUAUUUAAUAAAAUAUAUUAUUUUUAGA